AUGAUACGGAAUGCAGUAGUGUCUGCUGCACAUCCAUGCAAAUGGGCAUUAAUAGCAUCUUCAAAUGUCACUUUACUUCUUCCAUCUAUUUUGGGACUACAGCAACAUCGAGGUCGUAAGAGGAACUUGAAACGAGGUCUCACUAAACAAGAAAGACAAGAAAGACGAUUGAAACGAGAAGCAAAAGAAGCGGAGCGGAAGAAAUAUAGUUUUAUGCAAAGGAUAAAGAUAUCACGGAUGAGAAACAUGACUUCAAUUUCAGAACAGUUCCCAGGUCGACUGGAUGCAGGAAAAGAAGCACAUUUACCUGAUAAACCAACAACAAAUAUUUUCAUUCGAAGUGCCUACAAAACUCAGUACUACUCAGUUUCAGAAGCGUUACAAAUGCACAGAGAAAUGCAGCAACCAUCAAUUUAUAAUAAUCCAAAUGCUCGAGUGCGUUUGCGUAUGGAGCUUAACAUGGCGACAGAGAAAAAGACGAAGAUGGUUGCCGAUUCAGAAGAAGUAGUGCCAAUUCCAUAUCCUUUUAAGCACAACGAAAAGCGAACAAUUUUGGCGUUUGCUUCGGAACAGCGUAAUCGAGACGCAGCUGUUGAAGCAGGCGCCGAAAUAGCUUUAGGUCCUGAUAUGAUUAAAAAGAUAAUCAAAGGGAUGUUUCGCAUUGAUGACUACGACUUUUGCGUAGCCCAUACAGAUAUGGCGUCUAGUAUUUUACCUUUACGAGGAUUAUUAAAGUCACGUUUCCCAAACAGGAUCAACGGUGGCCUUAGUGAUGAUUUCCAAGAAAGUGUCGGUAAGUUCAGAGACGGCGUCAAGUUGACGAUUCGAGGUGAUCCAGUUAUACCUAUAUGGGGUUUAUGUGAUACUGUCGUAGGACGAUUGUCAAUGACUGAUGAAGAACUAGAAGCGAAUAUUGCAUCUGUAAUUGGAGCUCUAUGCAAGCAUCGCAAUCCUGCUUUGGGUCCUUUCAUCAAUCGGGCACUUUUGAUGGUUUUACCGGGCGAUGCUCACUUUGCUUUAAAUGUGAAUCCAUUUCUACCAGUUCCAACAGAACAAGAAAUCGAACGAAUUGAAAAACGGACAAGAAAGAAGAAGAAGACAGAAGUGAAAGAAACUAUUAGUGCAAUAAAUCUGACCGAGGCAGAAUCCUGA